AUGAACUCGCUAAAAUUCACAAUCGCGGUUCUGACAAUCGCUGGGUGCUGGCGACCUUUCUCGUCGACUUCGCAGAUCAAACAUGCGUUAUAUGACGCCUAUACAUUAUUAGUAAUUAGUAUCAUGUACAGCUUUACAUUUUCACAAUUUAUGGAUAUUGUCCUGAACGUCGAUAGUCCAGAUGAUUUUACUAAUACUGUAUACGCGAUGUUGACCAUGUUUGCUGCAGACUAUAAAAUACUCGAUCUGUUUGUAAAUCAUGAGAGUUUCACGGAAUUAAUUCAAAAUCUUACGGAAAGAACGUUUAAACCAUUACUACUUGUUGAAAUCGAAAUUCAACGAAAAUUCAACAUGAUAAUACAGAACUUGACAAAGUGCUAUACAAUAUUGAUUAUGAUCACUUACACAGGCCAUGUUUUGAGAUCGUUACUGACAAAUUUCAAAAAGGGGCAGUUAGCAUUUAGAGGAUGGAUACCGUAUGAUUACUCAUCGUUCGUGCUAUUUUGUCUCACAUAUGCUCAUCAAUACGCAGGCCUGAUAUUCGCUUGUUUUGUUAGCGUUGCUUGUGACGGUCUCAUUGUUGGUUUGAUAUUGCAUGUGUGCUGUCAAAUUACGAUCUUACAAUAUCGUUUGAAGGGUCUCAUAAACGGCCAGAAUACUAUACGUGACUGUGUACGCCAACAUCGUCACAUAAUCGAAUUCGCAAACGCGACUAACGAGAGAUUCAGGAGGAUAAUUGCGUUUCAAUUCGUAGCAAGCACAUUCGUAGUCUGCUCAAAUUUGUAUCAAUUAACUAGAACUAAAUUAAUUGUAGAUUUUAUUGCGUUUUUUGCAUAUACGUUGUGCGUACUUGUACAAAUUUUCAUCUAUUGCUGGUUUGGAAAUAAACUGAAAGUCAUGGUAUGCAUACUAAUAUUAUCAAAUUUGAAAUUAUUGUAGGGUAUGAACUCUCUAAAAUUCACAUUCGCAAUUCUCACAAUCGCUGGGUGCUGGCGACCGUUCUCGUGGACUUCGCUGAUCAAACAUGCAUUAUAUGACGCCUAUACAUUAUUAGUAAUUAGUAUCAUGUAUAGCUUUACAUUCUCACAAUUUAUGGAUGUUGUCUUGAACGUUGAUAAUCCAAAUGAUUUUACUAAUACUCUAUACACAAUGUUGACUAUGUUCGCUGCAGACUAUAAAAUACUCAAUCUGUUUGUGAAUCAUGAGAGUUUCGCGGAGUUAAUACAAAAUCUUACGGAGGGAACAUUUAAACCAUUGCUACUUGUUGAAAUCGAAAUUCAACGAAAAUUCGAUAAGAUGAUAGAGAACAUCGCAAAGUGCUAUACCAUAUUGAUUAUGAUCACUUACACAGGCCAUGUUUUGAUGUCGUUACUGACAAAUUUCAAAAAGAGACAGUUAACAUUUAGAGGUUGGAUACCAUAUAAUUAUUCGCCAUUCACGCUAUUUUGUCUCACAUACGCUCAUCAAUAUGUAGGCGUGAUAUUCGCGUGUCUUGUUAGCGUUGCUUGUGACAGUCUUAUUAUUGGUUUGUUAUUGAAUGUGUGCUGUCAAAUUACGAUCCUACAAUAUCGUUUUAAAAGUCUUAUAAAUGGCCAGAAUACUCUACGUGACUGUGUACACCAACAUCGUCACAUAAUCGAAUUCGCAUAUGCCACUAACGAGAGAUUCACGAGGAUAAUCGCAUUUCAAUUCGUAGCAAGUACAUUCGUAAUUUGCUCAAAUUUGUACCAAUUAACUAGAACCAAAUUAAUUGUAGAUUUUAUUGCGUUUUUUGCAUAUACAUUAUGCGUACUUGUACAAAUUUUCAUCUAUUGCUGGUUUGGAAAUAAACUGAAACUCAUGAGUCUUCAACUGGUCGAUAGUAUUUUCGAAAUAGAAUGGAUAGCAUUGGACCUUAAAACUAAAAAAAGCCUUUUAGUAAUUAUGACUCGCGCAAUGAAACCUAUUGAAUUUAACAGUGCAUACAUUCUUAACAUGAACUUGGACUCUUUUGUAGCGGUGAGUAUAAAUAUUGUUAUGAAUGUUGAUAAUCCUAACGACUUCACUAAUAAUUUGAAUAUGAUGUUAAAUAUGUCAGCUUCGUGUUAUAAGUUUUAUAUCGCCUCUUCAAGUUAUAAAAACAUUGUUACAUUAAUUAAUUAUCUUACUGAAGAACCAUUUAAACCAUUAGAUUUGGGUGAAAUAAAAAUUCGACGACGAUAUGAUAAAAUAAUACGAAACAAUACUUUGCGCUACGCGAUCAUGAUUGUGACAGCAUGGACAUUUAUGACUUUGAUGUCGUUGCUCACUAACUUCAGACACAGGAGGUUAACAUACAGAGGAUGGAUACCAUAUGAUUAUUCGUCUUAUACAAAAUUUUGUCUUACAUAUGGUCAGCAACUAUUAAGCACGUUCCACGGUGCUUCCAUAAAUGUUGCUUGCGAUACUCUCCUGUGCGGGCUCUUAAUGCACAUAUGUUGUCAGAUCGAGAUCUUGGAGUAUCGCCUAAAAAAACAUUUGUGCAAUCAAUUUAGUCUGGGCUAUUGCAUACGCCACCACAACCGAAUUUUUGAAUUUGCGCAGAUGGUGAAUACAAGAUUUACGCAAAUAAUUGGAUUCCAACUUAUGGCAAGUACAAUGGUAACAUGUUCUAAUUUGUAUCAACUGACUAAGUCAACUUUAAAUGCAGAUCAUUUUGCGCUAAUAAUGUACACAUGUGCCACGCUAAUACAAAUUUUUGUUUAUUGUUGGUUUGGAAACAAAGUCAAAUUAAAGAGUUUGCAUUUAACAGACAGUAUUUUUCAAAUGGAGUGGCCAGUUGUAGAAAAUAGUAUUAAAAAAGACAUCUUAAUAAUCAUGAAACGUGCAAUGAUACCGAUUGAAAUUACUACUGUACAUAUUCUGACUAUAAAUUUGGAUUCCUUCGUAGCGGUUAGUGUAAAAAUUUUAAUGCGUUAA